AUGGAAAUAUCUUUUAAUGAAGAUUACAGAGAUUUGGUUUGUAUAUAUUUUGAAAAUAUAUCUUCAUCAGUUCUUAGAAAUAAUGAAUUGUCAUCAUCUUCAGAAUCUAUAGAUAUGUCAGGGAAUUUUAUUUCGGAAUCGUGCCCUAGUGUGAAUAUUUCAAUUAUAAAAAACAAAAAGCCAUCAUGUUGA